AUGGAGAUGUUGCGAAGGUACCAGGUCGGCGUUGAAGGCAAAAACUGUGUUGUUCUCGGCCGAUCUGCCAUUGUCGGCAUGCCUAUGAUGCUUCUCAUGCUCAAAGCGAAUGGAACUGUAAGGCUUUGCCACAGAUUCACGAAAGACACAGCCAAAGCGUGCUCCGAUGCCGACAUUCUUGUGGCAGCUGUCGGACGCGCGAACUUUGUAAAGGGCGACUGGCUUAAACCUGGUGUGGUGGUGCUGGAUGUUGGUAUAAAUCGUGUUCCGGAUGCUACUCGCAAACGUGGCUAUCGUUUGCAAGGCGAUGUAGAGUUCGGAAGUGCUGCUCAGAAGGCCUCCCUGAUCACACCAGUUCCGGGUGGAGUGGGCCCCAUGACGGUGGCCAUGCUAUUGAAGAACACAGUCGCCUUGGCCGAGGUCAUGCUUCACCAAAAGUUCGAGAUGGCUGCAGCUUGGGUCAGUGAGCAUGGAUCCGGGUUGAGUACAAGUGCGGCCCUAGAGCUCUACGCUUGGUACAAGCAGGCGACCUGUGGUGAUUGUCAGGGGAGUCAACCCUUCAGCAUGCAGGGUGCGGCCAAGUGGGAUGCUUGGAACCAAGUUAGAGGCUAUGAGAAAGAGGUGGCCCAGCUUGCUUACGUCAAGGCUCUGGAGCAAUAUGCUCCGGAGUGGACAUCUGGAGGAGCUCUUGAAGAAACUGGAGCUUCACCAGACAGAGGUGAUGGCUUAUCUAUGGGCCCUGCCGUGAGCACUUUGGGUUGCAUCGGCCCUGGGAAUCCGGCAGAUGUGGAUGAGACGCCUGCAGGGCAGCUUUGUCAGAAAAUCGCAGACGGCGCUGUGGAGGAGGCAUGUGCACUGCUUCGCCAGUUCCCCAAGCUGGCAAUAGAGGUUGACAAGGAUGGCAUGCUUCCGCUGCAUUGGGCAGCAGAUCGAGGAGAUGUGGAAAUGGUCAAUUUCCUGUUGGAUGUCCCGGACGUGAAAGCCCACAUCAGCAAGCAAGAUGAAGGUGGUGACACCCCGCUACACUACGCCGUCAUGUCAGAAAAUGAGACGGUCGCGAAGCUGUUGGUGUGCAGCGGUGCUGAUGCGAGCAUUCCCAAUGAGGCUGGUGAAACACCAGCCGAGCUGGCCAAAGCAGGAGGCCUGGCGUUGGGAUGA